AUGGUGAAGCUCAUGAAUCGCUCCGUUGUUCUACAACUGCUCCUGCUUGCACUGCUGGGGACACAAUCGGUGCUGGCAUCGAGCGCGCCCUCCGCCGCCACCCUGGAAGGUUGCCGGACGAGCUGCGGCAACCUAACCUUCGAUUACCCCUUCGGCAUCGGUGCAGCUGGUUGCUUCCGGGACCCAGACUUCGAGCUCAUCUGCAACGACUCUGUUCGACCCCCUAUGCUUUCUUUACGUGAUGGCAUCACCCUGGUGGCCUAUAAUAUCGUCACCAUUGAUACGGGGGAUACUAAUACAAUUGUGCGCCUCUGCACGCUUACAUGUCCUGAGCAAAUCACGGAGGCGGUGGCGAGGCAAAACUGCAAUGGUACUGGAUGCUGCACCGUGAAUUUGGAGGCAAAUAUUCGAGCCUUUGGGCUCAACUUCGUACGACACAACCAGAGCAGUGUCGUUCAUCAGGUGCAGCCUAAUCGGAGCUCUUUAUGGGAUUACAUAAACGCGACUACACUUGGUGCCGGGCUCACUUGGAACAUCAUCGAUCAACCAAGCUGCUCCAGCGCCAAAGAAAACAAUAUUACCAACUAUGCUUGUGUUGCCAAUAACAGCCGGUGUAUUGACAACGAAGAAUCAUUGGAUUUCGGGUAUUCUUGCCGGUGCAAUCCUGGCUACGUUGGCAAUCCUUAUAUUCUCAGUGGCUGCGCCAAGGACACAGGUAUCAUCUAG